UUGUAAACAAAACAAAACGUGGAAGUCAGCAUAAAAUAAAGUUAUCAAACAAAAUGAAGGCAGUAGAUACGAUAUUGUUCGACGUGUCCAAGAAUGAGCUGUUUAAGAUCAACGAAAAUUACAAGAUGUUGCAUCGGAAGCUUAAGACUACUUGGAAAGUCAUGAUAAACCGCGAAGAAAUAUCCUCGAACGUUCUUGAAGACGUAAAGAUCCUCAUAGUAGCGGGACCUCAAAACGCGUUCACGGAUGACGAGCUGGCGUCUCUCAAGCUCAUGGUGGAACGAGGGGAUUCAGUCCUGGUCGCCAUGUCUGAUGGUGGCGAGGAGAGGACGAAUACUAAUAUCAACUUCUUUUUAGAAGAGUUUGGGAUUGUUGUGAAUAAUGACUGCGUAGUCCGUGCUAACUACCACAAGUUCUACCAUCCGAAGGAGUGUCACGUGUCUAACGGGAUCCUGAACCGAGCCAUCACCAAGUAUCUGAUGAAGAUGCCCAACUACUCCAGCGAGUCUGAUGACUUCCUCGAAGACCCAGCAACUCCAAACUUCGUAUAUCCUUACGGAGCCACAUUGACUGUCAAGAAGCCGGCGGCUGCUAUUCUGUCCAGCAGUGAUGUUUGCUACCCCGUGAAAAGACCCGUUGCAGCUCUGUAUACUUCGGAGAAGAGCGGAGGUAAACUAUUCGUCAUAGGGUCUGGUCACUUCUUCGCGGACCAGUACUUGGAGAGCGAGUGCAAUGACCUCAUCAGAGAGAUGGUGUUCAACUACCUCGGCGGCAUCACCGACCUGCAUCUCAACCCCGUCGAUGUUGAGGAUCCUGAUAUAAACGAGUACCGCACACUAGGAGACAUGCUGUGGCUGAGCAGCCUCCCCCUCCCCGAGCCCGCCACCGCUCCCCCGCCGCGCCUCACGCCGCUACAUCCUCACGCCUUGUUCACUUGGAGACUGUUCUCCUUGAACCUGGCGCAGUUGCCAGAAGUAUUAGGACUUUACGAUGCACUGGGAGUGAAGCAUGAACCUCUGCGAUUGAUCGCGCCACAAUUCGAAACGCCCUUUCCACCUUUACAGCUUGCGGUGUUCCCACCAACAUUCAGAGAGCCUCCGCCUCCGCCACUGGAGCUGUUCGACCUGGAUGAGGCGUUUAGUUCUGAAAGGUCACAACUCGCCAGGCUAGCCAAUAAGUGUCUGCAGCCAGCCUCGUCUAGACUUGCACAGGGAGACGGUCGUCAACUAGAGAACGAGUUGGAAUACUUCGUGCGCGAGUGUGGGCGCGUGGUGCGACUGUCGCGCGCCAUGCCGACCGACUCCGCGCCUGCUGGGAAGCAUAUCUUACACCAGCUGGCUUUACAACUCGCUACUUAUAAGAAAAUCGCUCCACGAGACUAGAUAAUAAAUAAAUAUCGAAAACCUUUUGGCACCCGGUCAGCUACCCCCAUGUUAAGCAAUUUAUUAGCUGGUGUUAUGGGUACUAACACAACUGAAAAACUACAUCUUCCUAGGUCUAGGGAAAUCAGGUUCUGAAAACGUAACUUUUUCCGACCUUAGCAGUUUGACCAUCUUCCUGAAGGAACUCAAGCCCAAACACGUUUAUUCAGAUUAGGCUGAUAAAUCAGCACUUUCGAAUGUCAAGGAUAAAAGACAGCCCCCAAAACGCCCACCCUUCACCAAUUCCUAUAUGUUUUUGCUGGGAAGAAGUUACGCAACCCCAGUAAAAUACUACACUUUACAGAACUAUUUUCACAGUUGAAUGACAGAAUGACAAACACUGUAUUCUAUUCUCUGUAUUGUUAUUAACACAAAUAUAAAUACAUACUACAUAUAAGACUAUGGUGGUAUAAAAUAUAAAUGUUUCCUAAAAAACUAGUGAUAAGUUUCAUGUUAUUACGAGUUGUUAUAAAAUAAACAAUCGCAAGAUCAAACUGUAUUAUUUAUUUCCAUGAAAGUCCUCC